UAAGGACGAGCUAGUUCCCCGCCCUCACGCAAGGAGGCGGUCGCUCGCUCGCUCGCUCGGUCUAUCGUUCGUCGAUCUGUCAGUUUCUCGCCGUGGCCUGACGGAGGACUGAAAUAAAAAACAACAAAAAACGCUUACGUGUUGCUAAUUAGGGAAAGCCUUGAGGAAAAUGUAGAACGUUUUAAUUCUAGUUGAGAAAAGGACGCUGGAAAAAUAUAUUGUAACAACUGUUUUCUGUUACUCAGUCGGCCAAUAAAUGGAUGUAUUCCGGAUGAUCGGAAGGAUGGUUGGGCAUCCUAUAAUAGCAUCCAUCCUUGCUCGAGGAUGUCUUCCUCGUUAAGGAGACGCCUUCGUCCCUUACAGUUGGCUAGGUGUACAUGAAAGGAUUUUUUUUUUUUAUUUGACAGGUGUUGGAUCCCUCAAACAGCUUUUGGAUUUUGAGAACUUUAUAUAUAUUUCUUUUAUGUCUGAUACCACGUCAUGCUGAAUAAGCUACGAAAGCCACGCCAUAUACCCGUACCCAGGCUGGAAAGGCAAAAAGUGAAAAUGACCAGCGCGCUCCUUCUGAAGGAAAUCAAUAACUACACUUAUAACUCGUCUCGUAUCAAACUAUUUCAAUAAAAGUUUUUGACGCUACGCGUUUUCCGUUAAAAAACAGCAAAUAUAAAAAAGUGCGUAAACUUAAUUUCAGAGCGUCUGAGAACUUUUUUAAAAAGUUUUUGUAUUCUAUUUUUUUAAGUUCGUUGAUGAUAGAUAAUUGUUAACCUCUACUUGAUGGUUAGAUAUUUAAAAGCCGAAACUCUUUUCUGAUAAUAAUUAGAGACACAAUGACAAACUGGAACAAGUGACGUUGUUACUUAUAAAGAUGAAGUGUUAUUCCAUACACUGGCUAAGGUAAAACAUAUCUCAAGAGUGACCAUUAGUUUCAAUGGUAAACUAAAAAGAUGGCUGAAGACUUACUUGCUCGAGUUUGGAAGUUAUUUUGACAAUAGAAAAGCUAAAUAGAUUUUAUGUAAAUUUUGAAGCCAAUGGUAUACCACAAAAAUUUCUUAGUUAAAAAAAUUUAACAUUAAACUAUAAAGAUGGGUGACAACCUAAUGGCUAAUGUUUUAAAGUUACUUUGAAAAGAAAUAAAUACUUUCUAGGCUGAUUGUGAAGUUCACAGUGCACCAUAUAGCUUUCUCGGCCAAAGGAAAAUAAAAAAAAAUAAAAACUUAUGAGGGUAAACAACAAUGGGAAAGAGUCACCAGAAUCAGUACUUCGCCAGAAAGACUUUAAAUCUGAACACCGAAGUCGUGAUCGAAUGUCCCGUCGACAGCAAAUGGACAAGGAAGCCUGAAGGCCGUUCUUGGAGAAGCAAGACUGAAGCCUGUUCUUGGAAAAGCAAGCCAGAAGCCUGUUCUUGGAGGAGUAAGUCUGAAGCCUGUUCUUGGAGGAGCAAGCCUGAAGCCUGUUCUUGGAGCGACAAAAGGAGUAAGAUGAAAUUAGGACCCACGAACUGCGGCAGAGACGCUGCUAAUGUCUGUCGGGAGAGGCGCUGCGACCACAGACAUCGCGUGUCCCACAGACACCCGCUUCUGUCGCCUUGUCUCCUGCUCUCCUUGGUGCUCUUCCAGACAUGCGCAGCCAUUGGCGACAACGAUCCAGAACCCAAAUUCGCCACCUCGCUGAAAAACCUGACUGUGACGGCAGGUAGAGAAGCCAAACUUUCCUGUCACGUAGAAAACUUGGGAGAGUACAAGAUCGCGUGGACCCACUACAGAAAGACGGGCGGCGGCGCUGUUCUGGCGGUGGAUCUGGUGGUGAUUACGAGGAACCAUCGCAUAUCAGUAGUGAGAGAGAGAGGCGGAAUGUCCCUCAUCAUUUCUAAUGUCACCGUCGAAGACCAGGGAAGUUACAGCUGCCAGGUGUCGACGUCUCCGCCAAAGAAAAUAUUUGGAUAUCUCUCUGUCAACGUACCCCCAAGCAUUACCAGCCCACCCAGUGACGUCACGGUGUCUCAAGGGGAUGACGUCACUCUCGAAUGUGGUGCGACGGGUGACCCGGAGCCUAAUCUCACCUGGAGAAGGGAGGAUGGGACAGCGUUCUCCUUGAAUCAUUCCAAAGUGACGGAGGCUCCAGGCCCGAGACUCACCCUUCUGUCUUUGAGUCGCAACGACGGUGGUGCUUUCCUCUGCGUGGCCUCGAACGGAGUGCCGCCUGCGGUGUCCGCGCGGGUUCAAGUUUUCGUCAAAUAUGCUCCCGUGAUGGACGGAGGACGCACCGACGUCGUCUACGCGAGAGUUGGGGAGAAGUCCCUCCUCAUCUGCAGAUACAAAGCCUGGCCGAGGCCCGUCGUCAUGUGGUCGAAGGAUGAUGUGGUCAUCAACGACACGCUGGAGGACUUCGGGGCUCAGGGCAACGGGACCUCCACCCUCGUCCUGAACCAGGUGGAGCCGGAACAUUUCGCGCACUACCGAUGCAACGUCAGAAAUGCCCUCGGACAGAACGCAACCACGAUCAUUCUCGUUGAGAAAAAGACCACAACCACGACAACAACCACAUCCACCACCACAACCACAACCACCACUACAACCACCACAACGACAGCACCCCAUGUGGACACGAAUAAUAAGUAUUACUACGACGUCCACCUUGAGAAAGCGCUCGAGAAGAAAAAGAUUUGGGGGUCGCCUACAUCUUCCUCCUCAUUGCAGCGUAAGUAA